AAUUAUUUUCCAAGGUCAUGUCAAAUUUCCUUGAAUAUUUUUACGUUUCGUUAAUGCGAAAAUUACAUCCGCAAAGUUGUUUAAACAAAAUUUAGUUGAAAUAUUUGUUUGCGAUGCCUAUUAUCGUAGAACGGCGACCCAUGGAGAUUGAGAGCUAAUUUGUAAAGGUUGAAUUGUAAAGUGUGUUGAAUAAUCAAUUAUAGUAAUUGUUUUUUCAAUAAUUUUAUUUCAUUCUGUUCUAAAGUAUGUGUACCGUGAUUUUAGCACUAAAGCUUUUCUAUCUGAUCGAUUAUUAAUUUGGAAAUAAGAAAAUGCUGAACACUUGGGACUUUAUAAGCAAAUUACUUCCAAUAUCUCAGUACUUGAAAGAUUAUAAUUUAAACAACGCGCUCUGUGAUUUGUUAGCUGGAAUUACAGUUGGACUGACGCUAAUUCCGCAAGUAAUUGCCUACGCUUCAUUAGCCGGUUUGGAGCCGCAGAUUGGCCUAUAUUCAGCAUUAUGUGGUGGAUUUAUUUAUGCGAUUUUUGGCACAAUUCCUGAACUCAAUAUUGCACCCACCGCUCUUCUAUCAUUGCUCACUUUUCAGUAUGUUCAUAAUGUAACAUUUGGAAACACCAGAGCAGCCAUUAUGCUCACCUUUUUUGCUGGAGUGGUAGAACUAAUAUGUGGCAUUUUGCAUUUGGGUUUUCUUGUUGAUUUUGUAUCAACACCAGUAGUAUCAGCAUUUACGUCAGCCGGCGCCAUAACAAUUGCUUCUUCCCAGAUUAAGAGUCUUUUUGGUCUUAAUUAUAAAGCUGAAUCGUUCAUUAACGUAUGGAAACAGUUCUUCCUACAUAUUACUGGAAUUCAAUUGUGGGACACUUUGUUAGGCCUAUCUUGCAUAUUGAUAUUACUUUUAUUGAGAAUGGUUUCAAAAUAUGGGGAAGCACCAACAAAAAACAACCGAAUGUCGAACAAACCUUCGAAGAGUAAGCAGUGCAUUUGGUAUGCAUCAGUGGGAAGAAACGCGAUGGUUGUUGUAUUCUCUGCACUAAUGGCAUUUGUUUUCAAAUUUCAUAAACAAACGCCAUUCACAUUAACAUCUAAAGUUCCAUCGGGAUUUCCCAACUUCUCAGUGCCACUGCAACCAAUAGAAGCCAAUAAUGGUACCAAUGGAACCACAAUAUCUCAGAUGGUAGCUCAAUUAGGAUACGGGAUCGGCGUAAUACCAUUUGUAGCAAUUUUAGCAAAUGUUGGAAUUGCUAAAUCAUUCGCAAAUGGAAAAGUUGUGGAUGCCUCCCAAGAAAUGAUUGCAGUUGGUUUAUCUAAUAUUGCCGGAUCAUUUUUUGGAUCGUUCCCGGUAAAUGCUUCAUUUUCAAGAGCCGCUGUUAGUAGUGCCAGUGGCGUGCGAACUCCAUUAUCUGGAAUUUACACAGGCAUAAUGGUGAUAAUGGCUUUCACAUUUCUAACGCCGUACUUUUCGUAUAUUCCAAAACCGGCACUAGCAGCUGUUAUAAUAUGCGCUGUCGUAGUUAUGGUGGACAUUUCCAUUACAAAAAGUAUAUGGGAGGGAAACAGAUUGGAUAUUGUUCCCUUUCUGGUCACGUUUGUGGCCUGUUUGAUCAGUAGCAUAGAAGUGGGAAUUCUUGUCGGAAUAUUUGUUGAAGUAUGUAAACUCAUGUAUUUUACAGCCAGACCAAAAGUUAUUAUCAAACAGAUAAACGUCGGACAAUCGUAUCUACGAGUUACAUUUACGUCAUCAGUAUUCUUUUCCUCAGCUGAACAUAGCAGAGAGAAAAUAUUGAAUUACUGUUUGGAUGAGGGCCGGAAUAUCCAUAUUAUUCUACUCGAUUGCAACAGAAUCUUUGAGUUAGAUUAUACAGCAGGAAAGUGUUUUGAGUCACUGGUGAACGAACUGCAGACUCGACAAAAAUAUGUGGCGUUCCUAGUUUCAAGAAGCAAAACUGUUAAAACUUUGGAACGAUGUUGCACACUUAAGAUAGACGUAUUCAGGAAUGAAUUAGAGUUUAUAACAGCAACACAAGGAAAAAUGCUAGCAGAUAAUAAUGAAACGGAUGCAGUGUAUGUAUCCACCCAGCUGUGACGAGUGCUGUUUGUCGACCACUUGUAGACCUUAUUUACUUAAAACUUAGUAUAUUUCGUAUAUGGUGUGAAAACUUUUGAAAAAGUUUAGUGUUUUUAUUAAAAGUUCACAAAUCUAUUGUUAUAUACAAAUUAUAAUAACUUUAUUCUUGUACAUAACAAACAGUAUUCUUAAAAAUAUUCAUAGUUAGUGAUUCCGUAAAAUUGCAAUUUGCCAGCAAGUGAACUGGAGCCAAAAUAAUUCUAAAAUGUAUCAAAAUUUAAUUGUAACAGUACAAGCAAUUUACAAGUCCUUGAAUUUAUCGCUUGCUGUGAUUAGUCAAAAAUAUAAUGUUUGCAUGUAAAUUGUAUAUACUUAUGAAUAAAAUUAUAUCGUACUGUUUCAACCAAACCAAAAUAAUUUUAGGACAACUGUAAUACCAGAUUUUAAAAAUAAAUGAUGGAUUAAGUUUGUUUGUUUGUCAAGUACAUGUGUCUAAAAUACGUAGAUAUUGCAGUUAGGUAUUUUAAUAUAGUCCUACCACGAAAUGUGAAGUUUUUGCGAGACAUUCUAGUUAAGAGAGUCACUCCAGCAAAUAAUCUGAUAAUUAUGUAUAUCAAAUAUGUAUCCAAAAAUAGUUAAAAUAUAUUGUUGUGUACAGGCA